UGUGUAAUUUGAAGAAAAAAAAAAGCCAUACGUGACAUUUUUAGUUCUAUUUCGAUACAAUAUUAGCGCCACUAUCUACUUCUGAAUUCGUUGAUAAUGUCUAAUACGAGGAAAUUUUGCAAUAACGGCGCGCGCGUCGCGUCAGUCGGUUUUCGUGACGUAAUGCGCGAUGUACUCGAGCCAACAUAGCGAGUUAGAAGCCUGGGGGGCCUGCGAUGACCUUGCAGUGUUUGUAAACAGACACACGUUGGUACACGUUGUCGUCGGAGGAGACAUUAAAAAAAUAAACGACAAAGGUGAUCGGUAGAUCGUCGGGACGAAUAUCCUCGUCGAGAAAAGUGCAAUAUCACGUUUGGGGAAAGAGAUCGAAAGUGAAUAGAAGAAAGAGAGUCGAGCGAGGAAGAGAGAGAGAUAUUCGUCCAAGGAACAUGGAAGUGGAGCCGAUGUGUAUAGUAGAAAACGAAACGGAGGGAUCUCGCGGUGAUCGGAAAGAGGGGGGCAAGAGGGGACGCAAGCCCGGAAGGAAGGCGUCCGACAAGGUGGACAUGAAAGCCAAGCUCGAGCGAAGUCGACAGAGUGCGAGGGAGUGCCGUGCUCGAAAAAAGUUGAGAUAUCAGUACCUGGAAGAGCUUGUGGCUGACAGAGAAAAGGCUGUGUUAGCUCUAAGAAAGGAGCUAGAAAUGUAUCGUCAAUGGGGACACGAAUUGGAUCGCGGACGUAUUCCCGAAGGGCUACAUACGGUUUUGGAGGAAUUGGGAAGCCUGAAACGGGAGAAGAACAGCUAAAGCAGGAAAUAAGAAGUUUGGAGGAAUGUUCAGCGAACGUGUCACGUUCCAUCCACUUUUUUCGCAUCACCGAUUGUAGCAACCGAGUUUCUUUUUUUAUACCUAUUAUUUUUCAUUCGACAGAUCUUCGAGUCGAUGGAUGCAGCGUGAUUUUUAACUAUGGACUUGCAUCUAAAAAAGAAAUAGUCUCUGUGCGCGUCUAUCGUCGAAUUUUAAAUUCGAUUAUUUGACAUUUCGCGCCCUCUUUUACAUGUUUUAUUCGCUCGAUCUAUUUUUUUUUUUUUUUUUUUUUUUUUUUUUUUUUUUCUUCGUUUUUGACACGAACAAUUCUUCUUUUACAUUUUUUUUUCUUUUUUUUUUUACUUUUUCCUCUUUCUACCUCAUCCCCGCCCGUCCGUCCGCCCGCUCCUCCCCCCUUUUCCUUCGAAUCGUUCGAAAAUCGUACGACUCCAAUUCUUUUUCUAUCUUCUUCUAUUUUAUUUCUUCCUUUUGCUCGGUUACUCCGUUCGUAAUCCCGCGAGAAAAAAGCUUGUUCUUUUCUGUCCCCGCCCCCCUCCUAAUCGUUUCUUUUUUCUCUCAUUUCGUGGUAUGAAGAAAGAGACGUCAUCAUGUUAGUUACAAUACUAGCAGGCCUCGUCAUUGUUUCGUCGCUCGUGUUCUCGUGCCGUGGUGCACUCGAUAUUUGUUGCGUUGUUUCUCAUUCGUUAAAGUUUUCUAUCGUUUUCUUUUCUCUUUUGAUCUUUUGAAAUUCUUUAUAAAUCAUUGUUGAAGCGUAACGACGACAACGACCAAGAUACAACGUUGUACGGUCGGUCUCGUUCGUCGUCGUCGUCGUCGUCGUCGUCAUCGUCGUCGUCGUCGUCGUCGUCGUCGAUGGUCUGACGAAAAGAUAAGGAUAGCAUAAAAAGAGAUAAAGUGUCUCUUUGAUGAUCGUUAGAUCGUAAAUUAUUAAAUCGUUCUCUUUUAUGUAUAUGUAUGUAGUUUGUUGAACGUCGUAGAAAAAGGAGAAAGGACGUUGUCGUUGUGUAACAUAGAAAUUCUAUCUAUUGAAAUUUUAAUUUUGUAUUUUUGUCUUUUCGGGAAAAAGAUACGACGCGUUAUGGAUAGACUAAACUCGUUGAAUCGUGUUGAAAAUUAUUUUCUUCCUUAUUUUUUUUUUCUCUUUUUUUUCUCUCUCUCUCUCUCUCUCUCUCUCUUUCUCUCUCCUUUUUUUCUACUUUUUAAUUAUUUACAAAUAUCUUAUUAUAGAUAUUGGAUAUAUCUAGUUUGUUUAUGAGAAAAGAUUAGGCCGCGCCUUUGUACGUGCAUACAAAGUACCUGUCACAAUCUGUGUAAAACGGUAUUUUUAUAAAGUGAACACAUAUUAUUUUGUACAAAAUAAAUAUUAUUGACAGAGAGGAUCGUUCGUAUAUUCGGAAGAGAUUUAAAAUAUAAAUAAAGUGGAUAUUUUUCAAGAA